AAAAAAAAAGUAUCUCCUCACAAAAUACUUAUUAAUUAUAAAGGGAAAAAAUAGUAACGUUACAGUGGGGAAACAGGCAGACACCACCUUAAACCAAGUGAUCAAAGCAGUGGUAUGCUAGAGCCAACUUCACACCAACUCAGAAGAGUCACAUCUCUUCCCAAUUUUGCGUGCAGUGACUAUACGACAGCAGCUUGAAAUCGACCAGGGUGGGAGUAUUUAUACCAUGGAAAUCGGCAAAUAUUACCAACAAGGGGUUUUUUUCCCUGCAGAUCCAGCUGUUAGACAUCUAUCAGCAGAAUAUCGAAUAAAAGUUACUACCACCACACAAGCUGACUUUAUGUGCCUCCUGAUAUUACAAGCCAAGAAGACACAACAUCACUUCCGUGAUAUUCUGCCAAAAUGCAUAGCCUCAAUCUAAUGAUGAGAAAGCAUCAGAUAAAACUUAAAGUUAGAGACAUCCUACAAAAUAACUGGCCUGCAUUGGCAACGUAUCAGGUCAUGAAAGACAAAAGACAACUGUGAUGGUUAAUUUUGUGCGACAACUUAGCUGGGCUAAGGGAUGCCGAAAAAGCUGGUAAAACAUUUUUUCUGGAUGGGUUUGUGAGGGUAUUUUCAGAUGAUUAGCAUUUGAAUUGAUAGGCUGAAUAAAGAUCACCCUCACUGAUGCGGGUUAGCACCAUCCAACCCAUGGAGGGCCUGAGUAAAACAAAAAGGCAGAAUAAGGGUGAAUUUGCUCUCUGCCUGAGCUGCUGGGACAUUUACCUUUUCCAGCCCUCAGACAUCAGUGCUCCUACUUCUCGGGCCUUUGGACUUGGACAGGGACUUAGACCAUUGCCAGCUUGCAGGUGGCAGAUCCUGGGACUUCUCUGUCCCCAUUACCACGUGAACCAAUUCCUGCAAUAAAUCUCCUCAUACAUAUGUAUAUAUGCAUAUCUUCGAUCAGGUAUACAUAUAUGUAUGUAUAUAUAUAUGUAUAUAUAUAUAUAUAUAUAUACUAUCAAUUCUGUUUCUCUGGAGAACCUUGAGUAAUACACCGACUAAGGAAAUGUUCCAGAUUAAAGGACACUAAAGAGACUUGACAACCAAAUGCAAUACGUAAUCUUGAUUGGAUCCUAGACCAGAAAAAAAAUUCUUUUUUGCUAUUAAGGAUUAUUGGGACCACUGGUGAACUAUGAAUAAAAUCUUUACCUUAUAGUAUUAUAGCAAUGUUAAUUUCCUGAUUUUGCUCAUUGUACUAUGGUUAUGUAAGAGAAUUCCCCAAAUGCACACAACGUAUGUAGGGGUAUAGGCCUAUCGGUGCAGCUUUCUCUCAGGUGGUUCAUAUAAAGGAAGGAAGGAAGGAAGAAAUCGCAUCUAGAGAGAAAUGAUAAAGCAAAUGUGGCGCAGUGUUAACAAAGGGGUAUCUAAGUGUCAGAUACACAUUUUUGGGGUACUAUUCUGGGAACUUUUCUGUAAAUCUAAAAUUAUUUAAUAAUUAAAAGUUACAAGGAAAAAGCGUGAACGCUACCUGGUCCUCUGCCCUCAUCCUGAGGUCUCUGUGGCUGCAGUCAGACGGAGGCGGUGAGUCCGAACUUCUUCGAGGCCUCAAGGGGCUCAAGGGUGCACCUUCACAACAGCAGCGAAGGGGUCGUCCACCACCACCCUCCGGGAAAGCCAGAUUAGCCUCAAUCUCCGCGCGCAGGCGCAGGGCAGCAGCUCGCUCGGCGUCUUCCCGUGCCGGCCCGCCCUGCCCUCGGAUUGGCCGGGGCCGUAGUGACAUCACGUCCUUCCCGGCAGGGCGCGCGUGCAGCUCUAGGCUCCCGUGGAGCCGCCAGGUGCGACGGUCUGGCCAUCAGGCAAGCUGGUGCAGGCUCGCGGCGUCUCAGUCCCGGAUCCCGGCCACAGUGGGCGCCCCUCUGGCAAGCGCACUAAAAAACCACAAGAAUCUUGGCCUCAUAAGGCUAACCCCCACUCCCACCUACAAACCCAGUGUUGUAACCCUGCACCAACUUUCCCUUCAAUUUCGGGCCCAGGAGUUGGGUAGCGGGAUUCAAAGCCACAGAGGGAAGUUGGGAGCGUCCUUAUGAAGGGAGAAGGAAAGGCAUCUUCUUCAAAAGCCUAAUGUUUCCUUGAAUAUUAUCUUGGAAAGCCUCUUGUUUGUGGUCCAGGUGCCGCUACCAGUGAGUUUCCAGCCUGGGCUAUGGCCAAUACCAGCCGGCCACGCCCCCUUGGUGAGGGGAGGGUUCUGGGCUUUCCCAUUAUCAAUUAGCUGGAAAUUGCACGUAAACGUGUCCUGGCCUAACAAAGCCUGUUCUGAUCUAUGGCUUCCAGCUGAACGAACACCAGGAAACAGGCUGCAGGUGGUGGAGUACGCCAACGGUAUUGUGCUUCUUCCACUUACCGGCUUACAUUUUCUGAUGAAAGCUGCUUUGUAGAAUGAAGCCUCCAUAUUUGAAUUUUGAGGGUUGAAAAUAGAGGGUUGCACGGAUAACAAACUGAGGUACUGCCAGACCAUGUUGAUUGUGAUUAUAGUUGCUCUUGCUAGUUUCCUCAUUCAUCCUGUGCAGACAAGGAAGAUUAUUUCCAUUGUCUAGCAUAGCAUCUGGUACAUGGUAGGUGCUUUAUAAUGCCCUACACGUUCUGCAGCACUGGAGUGAUCAUUCUCCCAUCACCUGUAAAUCUGGAGGUAUUUUUGCCUAUGUUGGCACUGCCAUCAUUCUUUAAAACUAUAUUUUGUGAAAGAAACUCUGUGUUCUUACUGUUUGCGGAAGUUCUGAGAUUCCCAAUGAUUUCAAACGCCAAGCAGUGAAAGGGGACUGAAUAACACACUUAUGAUCUGUGUUUUUACUCUGUAUUCAUGGAAUCUGAUCAUCAUUUACCUCUUUGUAUAUUUUUCUUUCCUCCACCCCUAAACAAAAUGAAAGGACUCCACAAUGCAAAGGGUGAAGGAAAGAUAACUGUUUAUUUCAGUUGAGCAGACAAGCAUGUCAAGCAAAUGAAGACAGAAGAACACAUAAGAGUAUAUUGGGAGACGGAAACAGAUUCUUUUUGAUUAUCCCCUACUGUUACUAGAGAGAAAAAUGUCUUCAGAUAACCAGCGGUCAGCAGAUGAGGACGAAGGCCUGUUAUCCCGACUGAUCAGGAAAUCUAGAGAUUCCCCCUUUGUCCCUGUAGGGAUAGCAGGCUUUAUGACUGUGGGGUCCUAUGGUCUUUACAAGUUAAAAUACAGAAGAGAUCAGAAAAUGUAUCAUCUUAUUCACAUGAGAGUUGCUGCCCAAGGAUUUGUUGUAAGAGCUGUGACUCUAGGUGUUCUCUAUUCUAUGUAUAAGGAUUAUAUUAGACCUCGAUCCUUCAAUGUGUCCAAAAAAUGAAGCUUCAGACAAGAAAAACAAGAAGCCUUCUGAAACCUAUUUAUUAUGAAGAAUUUUUAAUAUGUAGCAAAUUAUACUGCAGAAGUUUCAGCUGGAAUUCUCAUAGACUUCAGCUGUUUAAGAAGUUGAUUUCCAAAUCAACAAUCAGAGUCAGCUCAAAAAUAUCCUUCUUGAUGUCUUUCAAAGG